CGAAAAUCACCACUUCUCACAUUCGUUGAAUCCCAAAUCUGUUCACAUUUGUGAUCUUUAGACCAAAGUCAAGUCACCAGUUUGACCUCACGGCAUUUAAUUUUAUCUACCGUCAUCAUGCGCUUCUCUACGAUGAUUUUCGGUCUCACAGCUACCAUGGCUGCUGCUUCACCAGUAACAAUGGAGUUUUACAAAGCCGGGACUAAUGUUGAUCCCGCCUUUGCCAAUUUUGUCGAAGAGUGGUACCGCGUCUCUGAGGACAAGACGGCCACCACUACAUUUAGCGACUUCUUCGCACGGGGUGGUCAGCUUAUCGUGGCCGGCCAAGCAUUCAACACACCGGAAAGCAUCGUCGCAGUCAAGCAGAAGCUCCUGCCACCCAAUGGCAACAAGGCAUGGUGGCAUAUUAUUCAGGGAUCGACGCUCGUAGGGGAUGACAGCAAGACGCAGACUGUCAGCGCCAAGAUUAUCAUCCAGACUACCUACACCCCGGGUAACUGCUCACAGGCACAUGGAAACGCGGCAUUUACCGUCGCCAAGGAUGCUUCCGGCAAGCCAAACUGGGUACCGCACACGGGGGGACUGCAGGUCUACAAUCUUACGGUUAACACCGUCCAGUCGCCGACUGAUGAGCCUUGCUCAAAUGAAUAAGGUUUUUUGUACUCUUUUCGAAUCCUUUUCUAUCUAGACUCA